AUGCCGUCUUCUGCCAGCUCACCAACUCCCAGUGCCAGACAACGCACUCAAUCACCUUUCAGGAGUUCAAGCCCCAGCUCAUUGGCACCUGAAGAUGAAAUAGACGUCUUCAUGAAUGCCCCUUCCGAGUCUGAUGACGAUGACAUGGCCAACAACCACCAGGACGACUCGAGCUUUACACCUGGUGGGUCGGGCGGUGUUCAAGACGCACAAGAUGAUACAGGUCGGUCACAGCUUGCUACAACAUUGGUCCAGCAACAACGAGCGGAUGUCGUGCGAGCUCGUCGAGAGGCAACUCGACUGAAGCUCCAUCCGUAUCAAAGUCGCAUUUUGGAGGAUUUUGCUCGUGCUCCUCCUUCUACACGAGCGGUCACUUUGUUUGCAGAAGUUCUUGCUAUAGGCAAUAGGGUUGACGAUAUUGUUACCUCGAAUGGACCAUACACCAUUUCGCCCGGUCUGCAGAAUAACAUUAAGGCCUACUGUACAGCUGUACUCCUGUCCCCUGAGCUCUCUACUUACAAAGGAAAGGUCCCCAGAAACCGAGUCAUGGCCAUCAUCCAUCAUUACAAGCUUGAGAUCCCCGCCAAUAUCGAUCACGACAAGCAAAUUACACAGACAAUCUAUCAAGCCAUAACGGACGAGCUCACCCAGAUCCGAUCGAAGAUCAAGAAGGCAAUUGCUGCAAGCAUCAAGCCAACUAAGGGAGCAAAAACGCAGAGUGUAUAUGAGCUGGCGAUCGAGCUCGUCAAGGAUACUCAAUGUGAGGUGACCGUCCGCCUUGCAGCGCGAGUCGCAUUGCUGCGUAGGGUCUAUAGCGAAGACGCGACGGAGAGCUACUGGGAUAGCGUCAAUCAGCGACUUGAGCUGGUGCUCACCAAGGCUGGUGGAGACGCAACCAAGGUGCAUAGAGCACUUGCAGGCUAUCUCGAAAGCGACCGGAAGAAGUACGGGGUUAACGGGUCUCGAAGCGCCGGCAGCGAGCAUGGGCAGACCGAAUGGCAAAAGACGGUUGACGGCAUCGUCGAAGCUCGCGAAGAUUCAGAUGACUGA